UGGGCACGACUACACGCCGCCCCACACACCCAACGGAGGGAGAGGCAGCGAUGACGUAAAAGCUGGGCAAAUCCAUCAUCCUGGACAGCUGCCCUCCUGGUCACACCGAAGGCCCACGACCUGGAGCCAUGCUGCUCCAGCCCCAGCCCAACUCCUGCACCUCCCGGCCUAGCCGGUCAUUGAGAAGAACGCUGAGUGCCUACUGUGCACCAGGGAAUCGGUGCGUGGGAAGGCAAAGUCCGAGAUAACCAUGGUGUGAGCGAGCGAGGGUCGGGGUUUUCUUUCAUGUAAUGGUCCAGGUGGGUGAUCCAGGGCUGACAGGUACUCAAGGCCUCCCUCCAGUCUGCCCCCUGCUGUCCCUGCUGUCCCCCCUGCUGUGGCCUCUCUUCCGGGUGCACCUCAUGGUCUCGGGCAGCUGUGCCAGCUCCAGCCAUCGUGCCUUCAUCCCAGUCACUAGGGAAGAGGACAGUUCACUCACCACUUGGGCUUACCCUCCAUCAGCCAAAAUUAAGUCAUGGGGUACACGCCUAGGAGGACCGCCUCGUUCUGGGCAGCCAUGUACCCCACUAAAGUUCAGGGGCUUGAGGAACAAGGGAGAACCAAUACUGAGGGACAGCAAGCAGGCUUUGCCUGCCGCCCAGGGAGAACAGGGGGCAGGGGGAUGCCUAUGACUGGUCCUUCCAAACCCCUGAGGCCUCAGAGGGAUGGCAGAAGGUGAGCCUGUGGUUUUAAGUGGGAUGGGACUCACUUUCUUAAAAAGUGGCAAUGACCAGGAAGUGACCCCUGUGUGGGGUCUUAGCCUGAGGGCCAUGGUUAUGAACUGCGUGUCCCGAAAUUUACACAUCACAGCCCUAACACCCAGGACCUUGGAAUAUGACUGCAUUUGGAGACAAGGCCUUUAAAGAAAUGAUUGCAUUAAAAUGGGUGGGGAGCCCUGAUCCCGUCUGGCCUGUGUCCUUCUGAGGGGAGGACACAGACAUGAGCAGAGGGACGAACUUGUGGGGGCGCAGCGAGAAGAUGGCCGUCUCCUAGCACAGGAGGAACCAGCCCUGCCAGCACUCCGAUCUCAGACUUUCAGCCUCCAGGAUAUGAGACAAUAAAUUUCCACGGUGGCAGCCACACGGGCUGUGGCACUCUGUUAUGGCAGCUCCAGCAAAUUCAUGCAGCGUGGCCGGAAACAGUAACCUAGCUGCUAUGCACCCCUGGGAUCCCAGGCUGUCAGGGGUUCAGGGCAUACAACUCCAAGAGCAGCGUGGGCUGGGGUGACCCCUCCCAGAGUAAAUGACACCUAGAGCUAGACCCAGGAAUUCCCCAAGGAGGCAGAGGCAUAGCAGGACAGGCUCCAGGCAGCAGGCAAAAGGCAGGGAGAGGUGGGAUCUCACAAGCCAGGUCGUCCAGGGUGUGGAGUCUGAGCCUGGGGUGUGGUGAGAGAACGGAGAUCCCAUAAGGCAGAGGUGGGAAGUUUUAGUUAGGAGACUCAGUGGAGGACAGCGUGGAGGUGUGGAGGGUACGGGGGGCUGGUGUGGGGUACAGUGUCAAACCACCACAGAUCACGUCCUGUGGAAGGCACCUCCUCCAAUACCCCCGAGCCGAGAGCAGCCAUAAGACACACAUCCAGGGGACAACCCCCCAGGCUCGCUCGGGGCAGUGGGUGGGGGCAGGGCGGGCCAGGAUCGCCAGGGUUCCCUGAACUGGACAUCGAGAACCUUGGCCCCCAUCACAAUGGGUGGAGAUUCCGGGGACAACCUGAACUGCGGGCAGUUCUGCCGAGCAGGCCCAGCACAGGGAGGGUGGGAGGUGCAGAGGGGCCCGAGAGGACUCCGAGGGCCACCAUGAAGACGCGCAGCGAGGCAGAGACGGACGAGCAGAUCCAGGAACUGAAGACAAUCACUCGGCUCCAGGAGCAAUGCCGGGCACUGCAAAUCCAAGCGGUAAAGGAGAAGACGGCCAAGAACAAAAGCACGCUGGCCCUCCUGCGCAGCAGCAUCCGUCGCGGGACCCAAGACUGGGCUUUGGCCAAAAAGUAUGACCAGGAGACCAUUUCCAAGGCUUGCAGGAAGGACGUGUCCAUGAGGCUGGCGCACGGCCGCUCCUCCAUGGAGGUGGCGCGGGAGAAGCUGCGAAAGUACGUGUUCGACCGCGUGAACGCACACAACGUGCUGAUCCACCUGGCGCGGCGGCGGGGCCGGAAGCUGGAGAGCCUGCAGCUGGAGCUGGCCAGCCUGAGGAGCCAGCCGGCCGCCACCAAGGAGGAGCUGCACCUGCUGCAGGUCAUCCGCCAGCUGGAGAACAACAUUGAAAAGACCAUGGUCAAGAUCACCACAAGUCAGAACAUCCACCUGCUGUACGUGAGCCUGCUGGACUACCUGAAGAAAGAGCUGACCGGGUACCCCAUGGAGCUGGACAAGCUACAGAAUCUGGUGGACGACUACUGCUCAGAACUGUCAGACAUGACAGUCAUGUCCCAGGAUGCCAUGAUGAUUACAGAUGAGGUCAAGAUGAACAUGCGGCAAGGGGAGGCGACUUUCAUCCAGGAGCGCAGGGCUCGCGAGAACCAGCUCAAUCAGCAGAAAAAGUUGAUUGACAAGAUCCACACGAAAGAGACCAACGAGAAGUACCGCCGGGGCCGGCGGGACCUGGACUUCCCCUCCAAUCUGAUGGGUACAGAGACCGUGAAAGUGAGAAAAAGAGAGACCUCCAAGGCGGACAUCAAGUACCAGACAGAUGUGACCGCUUUGGUGGAGAAAGUGAAGACAGCGGUGCGGUGCUCCCACCUCUGGGACAUCGCUGGCCAGUUCCUGGCUCAGAGGAACACCGAGGAGAACCUAGAGCUGCAGACGGAGGACUGUGAGGGGCGGCGGGCGAAGUUGGAGGCUCUGAUGAAGAAGCUGGAAGUGGAGCAGGCGAUCCUGAAGUUCCGUGAAACGCCCGCCUCCGCCAGCUUCAAGUCCGUGGAGAAGAAAAUGAAGGACAUGCUAAGAGAAGAGGAAGACAGACUCCAGCUGGCCUACUCCAGCAUGACCAAGAGCCAGAAACUGCUGCUGACCGUCCAGACAGGCAUCGACAACCUCUUCAUCCGGCUGAUUGGCAUUGCCCUGCCCACAGCCCAGGUGCCAGCUGUGGGGGUGGGGGGUUGGAGCUGUCUGCAGAGGUCCUGGGAGAAGCCAGAGGAGAGACAGGACCCUCCUCCCGGCCCACAGAAAGAAGUGGCGCUCUCCGACAGCCUCGACAUGUUCGGCAAGCUGGCUUACUGCGAAGCAAAGCUGCUGUACCUGGCCGACAGAGUGCAGACGCUGUCCAUCACCGAGGAGGUAGCUGGAGGCUGGGUGUGCCCACCGGCCCCCGUUCCCCUGGAGCUGACAGUCGCCUGUGCCCUGCAGGUUGACACAAAGGUGAGGGAUACCCUAGAGACCUCGACUCUGAAGGAGAAGCACAACACCAGGGUCAGCUUUGAGGACCUGGAGGACGAUAUGAUAGAAACCUUCCAGUUCGCGGACGUGGACCACAGCUACGUGCCCUCGCGCGCCGAGAUCAAGCGGCAGGCCCAGCGGCUGCUGGAGGGCCGGCUCAAGGCGGCCAAGAAGAAGAAGAAGUAGCCCCCGCCCCGGCCCCGCCGGCUCUUCGUUACACAAAUAAACAUUUUUCCAGGACGGCUGGGGACACCGGGGACGGCAGUCUCGGCACGAACCCGGCGGCCGCAGAAGUGGGGGUCACGCUGGGAGGCGGGCGGAAAAGUGGGAUAUUGGGUGUGGGUCCGGGGUUGAGGGGUGAGUCGGGGGUGGGCCCAGCGAGGACGCGGACGGCCGUGAGGCCCACCCCGAAAGCAGGGGGACAGCUCCGAGGACCGGCCGGCCG